UGGAUAGGACGUAUUUGUCAUAUGCCGUGAGGUGAACGUGAACGAGUUCUGUAAAAUGCAUUCUAUUGUAGAGAUUAAAGGCGCAAGGUCUGCAUAUAGGUGUGGGUACUGCGGAGAUCAGCAUGGAAAAGUUUCCUAUGGGAUGUGGUCCCAUACUAUGACCGUUCAGGACUACCAAGACCUGAUAGAUCGAGGAUGGCGACGGAGUGGGAAGUAUGUGUACAAGCCCAUCAUGAACAAGACAUGCUGCCCACAGUACACCAUCAGAUGCCAUGCCUUGAAGUUCCAGCCCACCAAAAGUCACAAGAAGAUCCUGAAGAAGAUGAGCAAGUUCCUGUCUGCGGGAGAGAUGCCAGAGGGGGCGCCGUGUGACGGGGAGCCCAUGGACUCUGCAUGCCAGGAGAGUGCCCCCCCACCGGCCCCCCCUCAGCUGAGUGCCUCUGAGGUGGAGAGUCCCGUAGUGCCCCCCGCCCCGGAGACUCCCCCGGACGCCCCCGUCCCCGUCCCCAUCCCCGCCCAACCCAAAACCGAACCUGAAACCAACAGUGCCGCCCCAGAGCCUCCCCAGGAGGAAGAGGACGCUGCCCAGGGCAGCACCCACGCCAAAGCCCCCCGCACCACCCCCACACCAGGUGUGGGUGCGGACCCCAGUAGGCCUCCGUGUCGGAAGGCCAAGGACCUGCGUAAGGAGAGGCGGCAGCAGAAGCAGGAGCAGAGGAGACAACAACAGCAGGAGGAGGCCACCGGGAGCAAUGCCACCUCCUCCUCCUCUUCUAAUGCCACGCCCACCGCCUCCAGCUCCACCAAUCCGACCAAGGCCUUGGAGGACUUUGUCUUCGACACGUCGCCAGACUCCCCUCUGCAUCGCCUGGAGGUGAGGUUAGUGCCGGUGAGUUUUGAGGACCCGGUGUUUGCGGAGACCUUCGAUCGCUCGGCAGCCCUGUACAGCCGCUACCAGCAGGCCAUCCACGGAGAUGACCCGUCUGAGUGCGGUGAGGACGAGUACAAGAGGUUUCUCUGCGAUUCGCCACUGGAGGCGGAGGUACCCACUGAUGGACCAGAGAUGGGCUAUGGUUCCUUCCAUCAGCAGUACUGGCUGGACGGCCGGCUGAUAGCGGUGGGUGUAAUAGACAUCCUGCCCUCCUGCGUGUCGUCAGUCUACCUCUACUACCAUCCAGACUUCUCCAACCUCUCACUCGGGGUCUACUCUGCACUCAGGGAGAUAGCCUUCACCAGGCAGUUGCAUCAGCAGUCCUCUAAGCUCUGCCACUACUACCUGGGCUUCUAUAUCCACUCCUGUCCAAAGAUGCGCUACAAGGGUCAGUAUCUGCCUUCCGACCUGUUGUGCCCUGAGACGUUUGCGUUUGUGCCCAUAGAGAAGUGUGUGCCGCGCCUCGAUGCCUCUGCCUACGCUCGCCUCAACCCAGAUGCCAAUGCAGUGGAUGCGGGUGCUCUGCGAGAGCUGGGCCGUGCCCUGGUGCUCUAUCGGCGUACGGUGAUGCCGUACGGGGCGUACACGCGCAAGCGCAAAGGCUGCAGCGACCAGACGGAGGUGGAACAGUACGCCACGCUCGUGGGCCAGCCCUGCGUAGAGAGGAUCCUGCUCUUCAGAUCAUAGACUUGUCACACACACACACACACACACACACACACACACACACACACACACACACACACACACACACACACACACACACACACACACACACACACACACAGUCAAAUGCCAUACUAGUGGGCCAGCUCCUCCACUCACACACACACACA